AUGUCUCGCCAAAACGAGACGAAAACCUUUGAGGAAAAGCUUCAAGAGCUCCAGGAGCUCCGAGAGCUCCGGGAGCUCCGGGAAACGCUAUCCAGGAUCCGCGAAUCAAACUCUGACCAAACUCGAGAUCAAGAGCAGAGGCAGAAUCCCGCUUUACUCGAAAUGAUUGAUAAGUGUGUAAACAACAUCGAAGAAGUUGAACAGCUCAACAAGCUCGACCCAGCCGACCAUCCCAGAAUGAUUCGGGCGUUAAAGGACUGGGUACAGGCCAGGCCGCACAAUGUGAAGAUCUGUAUCUCCAGCCGCGGCAAGAAGGCGUUUCAAGAGGCUUUCGAGUCAUAUCCCGGGUACAAUAUCGAUGGAGUCAACUUGGCCUUUCCGCGUAUGACCAAGCUAGUGUCCCCAGAUGAACCAUAUAAGCUAGAGUACAACAUGGUAAAGAGGGCCGAUGGCUCGAUGCUAUACCUCCUCAAGCUCGUGCGAGGCCUGAUCAGGGAGGAAAGUCGUUCCUGUGGAAGUAUCGAGGAGAUCGUAGACGCUCUUACCAAAUGCAUGCUCCGGUACCGAGGGAGCUAUGACUCAGAUAUGCUCUGCCCGCCGCGCGAUAAGGAUUAA